UCCUCCUCCUCCUCUAGCAGCUCCUCCAAUCGUCAUGUCGGAAACCGCUCCUGCCGAGACCGCCGCCCCGGCGCCGACGGAGAAGUCCCCAGCCAAGAAGAAAGCGGCCAAGAAGGCGGCGGGAGGGGGCGCAGCAAAACGCAAAGCGUCCGGCCCGCCGGUGUCCGAGCUCAUCACCAAGGCCGUGGCAGCUUCCAAAGAGCGCAAUGGCCUUUCCCUGGCUGCGCUCAAGAAGGCAUUGGCUGCCGCAGGCUACGACGUGGACAAGAACAACAGCCGCAUCAAGUUGGGCCUCAAGAGCCUGGUGAGCAAGGGCACCCUGGUGCAGACCAAGGGCACCGGCGCCUCGGGGUCCUUCAAGCUCAACAAGAAGGCGGCCUCCGGGGAGGCCAAGCCCAAAGCCAAGAAGGCGGGUGCGGCCAAGCCCCGUAAGCCUGCAGGGUCUACCCCCAAGAAGCCCAAAAAGGCUGCAGGGUCCAAGAAACCCGUCAAGAAGACUCCUAAGAAGGCGAAGAAGUCUGCGACUGGUAGCGUCAAAAAGGUGGCCAAGAGCCCUAAGAAAGCCAAGGCCGCCGCAAAGCCCAAGAAGGCAGCCAAGAGCCCGGCUAAGCCCAAGGCUGUGAAGCCUAAGGCGGCCAAGCCUAAAGCCGCUAAGCCCAAGGCAGCCAAGCCGAAGGCGGCAAAGGCUAAGAAGGCGGUUCCGAAAAAGAAGUAGGAGGUGGGCCUUUUCAAAGGCAUCGAAACCCAAAGGCUCUUUUCAGAGCCACCCCAGAGGUCUCUGGAAACAGCUGCGCACUCGAGAGCACUUAGCCUUGUCUUACCGUUGACUUUGAAUGCACGUUUGGGG